CAUUCUUCAAAAGAAAAAAAAACCUGUUCCUUUAAAUGCCAGCUCACCUGUCUGCUGUGCUCUGUUAGAGCUUGCCAUACGGAUUAACCUGGAUCACCUUUUUAACGCAAUAACUAAAAAGCGUAUUGCCAAAAGAAGAUCACAAUGGAGUGGAGGAUUAUUGUACCUGUUCUGUGUCUAAUUGGAAUCCUACAUGUGCCUGGAAAUGCUGCUCAAACAAACAGCACCAACGCCACCACUGUUUAUCGAUUCAGUCUGCGCUUCAGCAUCAAUGACACUUUCCUGAGUAACUACUCCGACCUCACCAAUACUGCAACCGCAGCCCUGAUAAAAAACAUCACCGCUCAGGUUGAGCCACUAUACAGGACCAAAUAUGUAAACUUCCAACGCUUCAAUAUUUCGAAAUUCAGUGCUGGCUCCAUUGUGACAGAAGGAGAACUUCAAUUUUCCAACGGCUCUAAGCCUAAUGGACCAGAUCUGACACAAGUCUUGAAUAAUGGAAGUUUCAGCUUCACAAUCAUUACGAAUUCCACAAUAACUGCUGAGGUCACAGAACCUGCUGCAACAACAACUGCAACACCAACUACAACCACCUCUGCACCUGCUAAAGUUGGGAAGAUUAGUUUAGUGUUCAAGCUUCUUCAAACCUUCAAGAACAACUACGCCAAUCUCAGUGAUCCUGAGACCAAAGAGCUGUCAACUAACAUCACCAAUGGGUGUUCUCGAGUUUACAAGAAUCGUUUCCCACAUUUCCACCGCAUGGUCAUUCAGAAGUUCAGCAAUGGCUCCAUUGUGACUGAUUCUGUCCUCGAGUUUAACACCACGGCUGUCGCUAGUCCUAAUGUGGCAGAAGUGAAAGACACCCUUAUUGCAGCAAUCGCAAAUGGAAAUUUCAGCUUCUCAGUUGAUAACACAUCCAUCACUGCUACUGUUAUCACAGACAGCGCUAACGGGUCUCCAGUCCUGGCUAGUAUGCUCACAGCUGUGUGGAUGAUCCUAGCAUCACUUCUGUUGUCAGCUGUGAUUCACUAAUCACAAAAUCAUGUGACUGCAAAAUGCUUGUGAAAUCGCUGAUAUUUUCGGUCUCAUUCAAAAUCAGCAAAUCACAGAGCAAGACAAUUAAAGUUAUGAUCUAGCUGUACCAUUUACUAGUCUUUCUUGCCACAUAUAGAGCCUGGUGAUACAAAAGGUAUGAGUGAGUUACAUUAUUUCUGUAAAUAAAAGAAAAAGAAAAAUCUUUUUUCUUUACAAAAAGCACAUUGUUCCUCUAUACACUGAGCUGGAGAAAUAAUGAGGAUCAGUUCAUUGAAACCAAAUCUGAACAUUUCUCUAUGCCACAGAAAUGGCACUACUGCCAAUGUAUUAGUUAGAUGCUGAAGAUCUUCUUUUUUUUUUUGUAACCAAGAUACAUGUGCAAUCUAUACAUUUAAUAUUUGAGUAAUAGAAAUGAAAAAAUGUUCUGAUAAAUAUGAACAUUCCUCUAAGCCAUAUGGCACAAGUGAAAUUUAUAUUUAAAGGUAUUAUAAUGUGAUUCAGAACUGAUAUUGUUUUGUUUUUUUGCUUUUUUUUCAAUAAAAUGUAUCUUCCAAUGUAUAAGAUGCUGAAGAUCUAUUUUUUGUAACAAAGGCACACAUUUGCAAUCUAUGUAAUCAAUGAGUACUAGAAAUGAAAACAUUUUCUGGUAAAUUAUCUGUAUUAGGUUUUAUGAAGUACUUAUGUUUAAUAAAAUGAAACAUCUAAGAAUUCAAAAAGAAUAAAGUGAAGCAUAAAUAAUGUAAUAAAGCAUAAAUGUUUUAUCUGACACAAACUAUUAAAUUGCACAAAUCCCUGAUGACUCCUUCUCAGAUGAAGGACUGAAAAAAAAAAAAAAAAAAAAUUAAGGCAAAAUUUUAAA